AUGCAAAUGGCUGCGCCGCCACUCAUAAACCCUCCUCUGGCUGAGGCUGGAUUGUCUAUCGAGUUGCCCAUGCAGAGCCAGAACAACUCGUUGGGGAGCCAUUCAUCCACCCCACCCCGUAUUCGCAGACCACGCUUGAAUGCCUUCCCAUCACCCUUUCCCAUGUCUCCUCGACUCCCUCCUGUCGACGCCCUUCACACAGCUAACACUGACGGACAUAGUCUACCAGCCCCGCACAUCUCUCAAUCGACUCUACCAGCCACGCACAUCUCUCAAUCGCCUCCAGCAGCGGUUAUCAGAAGUGUUCCACCCACUUCUAGUGCUCCUGGAAGACGCUCUGCGCGUACGACACGACCAUCAACAAGAGCUGAAGAUGCCAACAAGAUCGGUGAUGAUGCCAGAACCAUCACUUCCAAACGCAAGCGCAAAGGUGUGACGGCAGGUUCCACAGCCCAUGCAGUCGCUGCGAAAAUUGAACUAGAGAUCACAACAUCACGUGAUUUGGAAGAAAAAUUGAAAGCAAAAUAUAUUUUGGGAUGGGCCUACAAAGUGGAGAGUACUAAGAGAAUGGGGGACGAAGCACUAUCUAAUCCUGAUCGAAGAUCUACCCAAGCGCGGCUUGGCAAUAAUGCGAGGCACACCACGAAACGUGGUAGAGUGAUGGUGAACAGGGAGUGGGGAAAGGAAAGAGCUCGACGACAAGACGCAUUGAAGUCGAGGAGCGGAUACAAGAGACGCCGGCAUUUUCCGCUCGUCAAUAAAGACCAAACUUCGCUCGUGCCUUACUAUGUCAUGGAGUGA